AUGGCACAGUCCCAGAGAGUCAUUGUUGUCGGUGGUGGAUUGUCCGGUCUGAGUGCCGCGCAUACCGUCUACCUGAACGGCGGCAACGUCCUCGUUCUCGACAAGCAGAGUUUCUUUGGCGGAAACUCGACAAAGGCCACCUCCGGUAUCAACGGUGCCCUCACGCGGACGCAGGUCGAUCUUGGCAUUCAGGACAGCGUCAAGGCUUUCUACGAAGACACCCUCAAGUCCGCCAGAGACAAGGCUCGUCCCGAUUUGAUCAAGGUUCUCACCUACCAGUCUGCUUCCGCUAUCGAGUGGCUGCAGGAUGUCUUCAACCUCGACCUGACGCUGGUCUCACGACUGGGUGGUCACUCCUUUCCCCGUACGCACCGUGGUCACGAUGCCAAGUUCCCCGGCAUGGCCAUCACAUACGCCCUGAUGCAGAGACUCGAGGAGCUCACAGAGGCUGAGCCCCACCGUGUCCAGGUCCUCAAGAAGGCCCGUGUCACUUCCCUCAACAAGGAAGGAAACACAAUCACUGGCGUCACCUACGAGUACGAUGGACAGACUCACACUGCUGAUGGUGUUGUCGUUCUGGCCACUGGUGGUUAUGCCGCAGACUUCACGGGGGAGAACUCACUCCUGAAGAAGUGGCGCCCAGACACCUAUGGCCUUUCCAGCACCAACGGUACUCACGCCACUGGUGAUGGUCAGAAGAUGCUCAUGGCCAUCGGUGCCAACGGCAUCGAUAUGGACAAGGUCCAGGUGCACCCUACCGGUCUGAUCGACCCCAAGGACCCGACCUCCAAGUGGAAGUUUCUGGCUGCUGAAGCUUUGCGUGGUGAGGGUGGUCUCCUGCUGAACUCCGAUGGCCAGCGUUUCUCUGACGAGCUCGGCCACCGUGACUACGUCUCUGGUAAGAUGUGGGAGGAGAAAGAGAAGGGAAAGUGGCCCAUCCGCCUCGUCCUCAACAGCAAGGCCUCCAAGGUCCUUGACUUCCACACUCGCCACUACUCCGGCCGUGGUCUCAUGAAGAAGAUGUCCGGCAAGGAGCUGGCCAAGGAGAUUGGCUGCGGUGAAGCCGCUCUCAAGAAGACCUUCGACGAGUACAACGAGAUCGCCGAGGGCAAGAAGAAGGACCCGUGGAACAAGAAGUACUUCCACAACCUGCCCUUCAGCAUUGACGACGAGUUCCACGUUGCUCUGAUGGAGCCCGUGCUGCACUUCACCAUGGGCGGUAUCGAGAUCAACGACCGUGCUCAGGUGCUGAAUUCGGAGAAGCAGCCCUUCGAGGGCCUCUACGCUUGCGGUGAGCUGGCAGGUGGUGUGCACGGUGCCAACCGCCUGGGUGGUUCCUCCCUGCUGGGCUGCGUCGUCUACGGACGUGUCGCCGGUAACAGCUCGAGCCAGUAUCUGUUCCAGAAGGUCCUGUCAGGCGGUGCUUCGAGCGCCCAGCAGCGCCUGGGCCAGAUCUCUCUGCACAUUGACCCGUCGACCCCCGGAAAGAUCUCUGUCGAGUGGAACAAUGCUGGUUCUGAUGGUAAGGACCCUGCCUCCGCCCGUGUCACAGCCCCUGCCUCCGCUGGUCAGGACACUCCCGCCGCGGCGUCUGAGGGUGCCAAGUCUACUGCCCAGCCGGCCGGCAAGUCUGAGCCGUCGAAGCCGACUGAUAUCUCCCAGUUUAAGGUUCCGGAGAAAGAAUUCAGCAUGGAGGAGGUCGCCAAGCACAACAAGAAGGAUGACCUGUGGAUUGUCGUCAAGGGAGUCGUGCUGGAUGUGACGAACUGGCUGGAUGAGCACCCUGGUGGUGCUCAAGCCUUGUUCAGCCACAUGGGUCGGGAUGCCACCGAAGAAUUCGAGAUGCUGCACGAUGACGAGGUUAUCCCCAAGUACGCCGCGCAGAUCGUCAUUGGCCGCGUCCAGGGCCAGACUCCUAGCCUCGAGUACUAA